GUGCUGAAUCCACCGGAUUCUCCCAAACCCUUCUGGACCCACUGUUUUCCCUUUUGACCAUCAAAUCCCCUCCCCUGUUUUGACCCAACCCCACCGCCAGAUCCGCUUCAGCCGCAACCUUCUCCAUCUCGGUUCCUCUCCUUUCUGCAACCAACUACUUCUCCCCAACCCUAACAAUCGACAUUCAUCGCCACUCUUCCAUGGAGUUUGAGAUCGUCUUUGACUGUCCAUUCUGAGAGAGAUUGACAAUGGCGGAAUUUGUCCUCUGCUGUAGCGAUGUGCAGGAUUUUGCAUUCGUCUCAAAACGCUGAACCCGACGGACGAUAGUUUUUGUAUACGUAUAUAUUUGUUUAGUAUGUCUGAUUUGGUGGCCCGCACUGGACGGCAUCAGCAGCGGUACGAUGCCGGUUGUCGCCUUAUUGCUGGGUGUAUUCCUUUUAGGUAUAGAAGUUCCGAUGGCAGCAGUGAUGAAAUUUCAGAUAAAGUAGUGGAGGUGCUUAUGAUUGACACACCUAGUGGACCGGGCCUUUUGUUCCCAAAGGGAGGCUGGGAGAAUGAUGAGACGGUGGAGGAGGCUGCUGUAAGGGAAGCUAUUGAAGAAGCGGGUGUUCGUGGUCAACUUAUGGGAUUCUUGGGAGACUACCACUUCAAGAGUAAAACACAGCAAGAUGAGUUUACUCCAGACGGAUUAUGUCGAGCAGCUAUGUACGCUUUAUUUGUGAACGAGGAGCUCGAGUCAUGGCCGGAGCAGAACACGAGAAACAGAAGUUGGGUGACCAUACCUGAGGCAAUUGAAAACUGCAGGCACGCAUGGAUGAGGGAUGCCCUUGUCAAUGGCUUCAACAAAUGGCAUGCAGAAAACAUGAGCGAUGAAUAACUUGAAUCUUGAAAUGUAUGCACAUUACGAAGUAUAUGGUGCAUAUGAACAAAGUUGUCUUUAUGGAUUGUUUUUUAGAGUCCCUUUUUCCCCUUCGCCACCAAAUCAAAUCAAAUCAAAUCAUGAAGAAAUCAAGCAGUAGAACACUAACACUGAUGAUAUGAUGUUCAAGGAUUACAUACGCAACGUUUUGGUUGCUCAUUUAUUAUAAUACACUUCCGCUCUCGUUCAAGCUUCCUUGAAAGCUUUUACAAAUGUAUUUCGAAUUUUCUUGUUCAUUUAUUACAAGUCUGAUGAAUUACAUGCCAUUUUUCAAUAUGAUGGUAUAU